ACAUUUUCAGCAGCGGCAUUGUUGCUCUCUGCUGACGGUCGUCGUCGAUCUGCCACCAGCAAACAUUAACCACCUAUUUAUCUACAUUGGGGAAAAAAUGCACGCGUUUGUAAUCGCCUGAUGUUGUUUUCCUCGUAAACAUUAGACAACUCGUCAUUUUUGUUCUAUAUUGAAGCCCGUUGCUAAUAUAAAACUAGCUAGCUUGAUUAGCACUGGCGAAAAUGAAUUCCAACACGCACGUCAUUCAGGUGACGAAUGUCUCCCCGAGCGCGGCGUCCGAGCAGAUGAGGACUCUGUUCGGAUUCCUCGGAAACAUAGACGAGCUGAAACUCUUUCCGCCUGAUGACUCUCCCUUGCCUGUGACUUCACGUGUCUGUUUUGUAAAGUUCCAAGAGUCCGGGUCGGUGGGAGUUUCCCAACACCUGACGAACACUGUCUUCGUGGACCGAGCCUUGAUCGUGGUCCCUUUUGCUGAAGGAGUCAUCCCUGAUGAAUCUAAAGCAAUGUCGCUGCUGGCUCCAGCCAAUGCCGUGGCAGGAAUGAUGCCUGGGGGGGGCCUUCUUCCAACACCCAACCCUCUGAUGGGAGGGACACCCUUUGGAGCUCCCAACAUGGAGCAAAUGGUUGCCAUGGGAAUGUCGGGCCCUAACAUGAACCCCCAGGCUCUUUCUGCCGACUUCCUGAAGCUCAUGCAGUCCAUGGACCCCAAACUUAACCCAUUAGCGGCCGGACUAAACUUGAAUCCAGGGAUGAAGAAUGAUGCGUCCAAUAAGGAGAUUGAAGAGGCCAUGAAGAGGGUCCGAGAGGCCCAGUCGCUCAUCUCUGCAGCCAUUGAACCUGGAAGUAAAAAAGAUGACAAGCGCAAACAUUCGCGCUCUCGUUCGCGGUCGAGGCGCCGGCGGUCCAGAUCUCGCUCAAGACACAGACGGUCAAAGAGUCGGUCUCGGCGCAGGUCCCAUUCCAGGAGUAGGAGGCGGUCCAAGAGUCCACGCAAGAGGAAGUCCCACUCCCGCGAAAGGAACCGCUGCAGUAGAUCGAGCAGGGACAGGAGGAAGGAGGAAAAGUCUAAGAAAAGGUCAAAGACGCCCCCCAAGAGCUACAGCAGCGCCCGGAGGUCUCGGAGCAUGAGUCGGAGGCACAGGCGGAGCCGCAGUGCAACUCGCUCCCCCCGGAGGAAGUUGUCCACUUCUCCAUCGCUCAGACGUCACAAGAAAGAGAAAAAGAAAGACAAGGAGCGCGAGAAGGAGCGGGAGAGAGACCGGAGGGAGGACAAAGACAAGGACCGGAGGGAGGACAAGGACCGGGGCAGAGAGGAGCGGGAGCGCUCGGCCAGUAAGAAGAAGAAGAGCAAAGACAAGGAGCGAGACCGGGAGCGCAAGUCUGACAGUGAGAAAGGAGACGUGAAGGUGACCCGGGAUUACGAUGAAGAGGAGCAGGGUUAUGACGGUCAAAAGGAAGGAGAGGAGGAUGACUAUGAGAGGAAGAGCAACUCUGACUCUGCCUCAUCCCCCAAGGGCCAGGAGGAGAUGGAGAGACCAGAGGGCCACACCCCCAAGAAGUCCAAAUUGAAUGGAGACGACCACCAUCAGGAAGACAUGGAGAUGAGCGACUAGGAGCCGCCCAACAGUGUUAACUUUCCACUUUUAUAUUUUUAAUAUAGGCCACGACGCGUCUGUGCCUGAUCACUCUAAGUUAAAAAGAAUGAUUUGUUGUCUUGUCCGUAGAAGCGUCGAAGGAAGGCGGUUAAAUCCUUUUUGUAAAGACGAGGAAACGAAGGCUAAAAUCUGAGUAACGUGAGACGUGGUUUUAAAUAGCCAUUGCUGUACUUUUUUAAGAUUCUAUUGAUUUUUUGUUGUUACCUUUUUUGUGUUUUGAACUUUGUCUUCCUGGCAGUAGAAUACAAAGCGUUUCAAACUAAAUUUCUGUCGCUGUAAAUAUGUUAUGAGUCUUUUCUUCCUUCUGUGACUGAGUCACUUGACACCCAGCACAACGUUUAUGGUCAUGUUUUGGUUGCUGGACAAUUUAGCUUUAACUGUAAUGCACGCGUCCUGUUUCAGAUGACCUUACUCUUCACACCCUGUGGUAAGUGGACACUGUAGAUCGAAAUGUGUUGUUGCAAUGAGUUGCUUUAGGUUUUCCAAAGGAAACUAAUAAAAUUGUAUCAAACUGUCAA